AUAAACGAGAGUGAGCGAGAGAAAAGUUCAGAUGGCGUUACCGACCAACUUACUUAUUUCGCGCAUGCGCACUCCGUUUUGGCCAACACUAACAUCAAAAGUGCCGACAGGGAGUUGCGCUACUGUAUAUACUGUGCCAGUAACGUCAGUCGGAAAAGAUAGGCUAUGUAUAUAUAUAUAUAUAUAUAUAUAUAAAGUAAUAUAAUAUUCCUUUUUAUAUCGAAUUACGACAUUUAAUUUGGAGCAUAUUCAACUUGUGCAGCUAUACUUUUUAAUCAUAGGACGUAUAGUGCAGUAAUCUAUGAAUUUAGGCGUAUUCAACAGAGUUAAUCUCAAGGACUCCCAAGGAGGAAUGUAUUCAGAAUGGGCUUCACUGAGCACUCUGAUCCAGCAAGGUUCGGAGGAGAGCCAAAGCGUACUCGAGAAAUUUCCGCCUGGCGCGGGAAAAGAAGUCGCAUUGUCCAUAGUACGCCAACUUGCUGCAAAUCUCGGUAUCACUCAAGCGGCAGAGCCUAGUCCACUCUCGACCGACAAAGAAGUCCAAUGGUGUAUGGAAGUGAUAUGCUUUGGAUUGUCAUUACCGUUGGCUGAACACGACACUGUCAGAGAUUGCGUGAACAUAUAUUGCGAGUGGCUGUCAGCAUUAUACUCUACGCCAAAAAUUUCUGUACCCAGACCAAUCAUAGAUGAUUCAAAUUUUUAUGCCAGAAGAAUCAUAAGUCAUUUUCACAAUUUAUUCGUACCGAGAAAAGGAGAAGUCUGGCCUUUUUUGUAUCAGGAUCUAGGUACAGAUACGAUAAAUCGACAAGCUGUGCUAUGCCAUCGAGUGCUUAGAACUUUGCAGCAAAUUGCGAGAGGUCCAGCAAUUUUAGAAAGAGAAACAUGGGAAAGUCUAUUAUUAUUUCUCAUUGGUAUUAACGAUGCGUUAUUAGCACCACCGGCAACUAGAGAAGAUGCAGGAGAACAACUGUGUGAAAGAGUGCUUGGUGUAUUAUUAGAGGUGUGGCUGGUUUCCUGUGAACGCAAUUUUCCUUCGCCACCUUUAUGGCGUACGUUACGAGAAUCCUGUUUGCGGUGGCGUCACAGAUUAGCUCUAGUAGAACAAUGGAAUCGUGUAUGUCUUGCUCUUACAGCGAGAUUGCUACAAAUCAUGUAUGGAGCAAUGUUUCCCGAAUUGAAAAUAAGUGAGGAAGAUAUACAAUUAGUACCGCCUACUAUGUCGGAUGAAGCGGUAGCACAAGCGUGGUACAGACUGCUCCGUACUAUUGGCGAUCCCGUAGAUUUAUGUAGACCCGCUGUUGUCUCGCAAACACAAGCAUUUCUGCAAUAUGCUAUCGCCAGUCCUAACGUUAUAGAUCCGUGUCAACACCCAUGUCUGCAAAGUUUACCGCAAAUAUUUUUGAAAGCUAUAAAAGGCAUAGCAGGUCAAGUCGAUGCUUUUCUCGGAGUUUCACAGGCAUGCUGUUGGGAAGAAUGUUGCGUGUCCAACAUUACGUCGGGGAAUAGCGGUAUCGGCGGCGGGGGUGUCGGAUGGGACAGGUCGAGCGGCAAGGAACAACCUCAACCUUCCCCCACACCCCCGACUCAACGCAGACUUGCCAAAAGUUUCAGUGUCACUCCUUCUGCAGUCACUAAGGGAAUUCCGAAAGCGUCUUUAAUUGGAUUAACGACAAGCCGGGUAUCUAGUACACCGCCAAUGUUAAUAUCAAAUUCCGGACCAUCGUCCGCUUCGAGUACAGCAUCUAUGACCUCACUUGGCCAAGAUAUUAGACCUCCUUUAGCACCAGGACGUCCCAAGUGUAACAGUAUACUGCAUCUUUUCGGGGAAUGGUUAUUCGAAGCUGCCUUUAUAGGUACCGAUGGUUGGUCGCAGAACUUACCGCAACCGUCGGGUGCUUCAAAACGUCCAUCCUCGGUACUCGUGGACGGGCCGAGUUCGUUACAGGAAACUGUGAGUGACGUACCAUCGACACUUUGCAUUGAUCGCUACGAGUCUGGUAGAGCGGAGGCAUUGGGUGCUCUGUGCAGAAUUUUCUGCGCUAAGAAAACAGGCGAGGAAAUCUUACCUGUGUAUUUGGCUAGAUUCUAUCAGGCCAUGUAUCACGGCCUCAAGGUUGAUGAGACCCGCGAAUGUGGCGAAACGUUAGCGAGUAUUUUGCUGAAUUCAGCUGACUUGUUUCGUCUCGAUUUGAACGGUGUACAAGUUUUGGUGCCAGCCGUGUUAUCCGCCCUGGAAGUGGUUCUGCCGGACAAAGAUUUGAAGCUAAGAUCUAAUGUAGUCUCGAAACCGGAUUUGAGAAGGGCUUCAAUACAUUUGUUGAUAUCGAUGUUAACAUUGCCCCUGCACUUUCAGAAUCUUGCCAUUAAGGAACUUCCCACAUUUCCGAGCACAAAUUCUUUCGAGAGAACUCCUGUAACAUUUGUACAGUUGAAAUCAAGGCUCAUGAAUUUACUCAUAAAUGCUUUGCAAGUAGAGACUGAUCCUCAAAAUACACACAUGUUGUUGGGAGCUUUGUUACUGAGUGUGCAAGAUUCUGCAGCAGCGGAAGAAGUAGAGCAGGUCACGCAACCUGAUACAGUAGCUAAUGAUUCGACAUCUAAUUUAUUAUCUUCAGUCACCAGCAAUUCAGCCAGUCAAAUAAGUAUAUCCAGCGAUCAGCGAUCAAUUGGCGAUGCCUCUGACAUUGCAACUCUUCAAGAGGAAUGCAUUGCAUUCGAUUCUGCCCAUGCUCUCUUUGUACGAGCAACGUACUUAGUGUGUCAUCGUUUGAUUUCGUCGUGGAAGAUUGAUCUAAAUAUCUCUUUAGCAGCAUUAGAAAUGCUAUCGGGAUUAGCACGCACACGCAUUCGCGAAACAGCAAGGAAACUUACAGAUGCUCUGGAAUGCAAGAGGGCGGUAAAAUGGUUGUGCGACUAUAUUUCAUAUCAAUGUUGGCGUCCACCACCCGCACAUUCUAAGGAUCUUCAUUCUUCUAUCGUCGCAGCAUUCAAUUGCUUAACAACUUGGUUAACUGCUCAUCCACAAUUAUUACAGGACAAGGACUGUUUGACUACAGUAUUAGAAGUCGUUGAGCUUGGAGUGUCCGGCACUAAGAGACCCAUCAAAAUGAAGGACGAAAAGGAAUUAAAACCUGCAUCUAUGCGCGUAAGAGAUGCCGCUGAUGCGCUUCUCACUAUUUUAUUGGAACAGGUUGGCUAUUUUCCGAGCGCUUGCGGAGCGCAAUCACUCUCGUCGCUAUUGGAUGAAGUGUCUUUGCUUCGACAUUGCAACAGCUGGACCGGCGGACGCGUGGCACGACAAGCAGCAGUCGAGAGAUUUCGUUAUUUUGUGUCUGAGAACGCGAUCGUGUUGGCCUUAUUGGAGGAGCCUCUGGGAAACGAUCAGGAUCCCCAACCGACGGUGACAGUCCUGAUCCGCGGACCGUUCGGUAGACACGCGUGGACGAUGCAGCUCCGUCAUUUGCCGCGUCAUCGAUCCAGCAUCAGAAGUAUAAACAGCAAUCCCGGACGACCUUUACCGUUGGCGGAAGCCGCACCGCGAACAGAUUAUAAACCGAGAUUUUUUCCGGAUAACGUGGAUCGUAUUCCUCACUGUAAAGUGGAUGAAUCGAUACCGAGUCUCGAGGCAGUUAUGAGCGAUAAUAAUGCGGUACGAGAUGAGCAUCAAAUUCUCGCACAGCUUUUAGAACGUCAAAUAACACUCGAAUCGAAAAAUAACAAUAGUAAUGUCAAGACCAUGGAAGACAAAACUGACGAAUGUGUACCGCCCCAAGUCUGUCACGAAUUCCAAACAGCCCGUCUAUUUCUGAGCCAUUUCGGUUUUUUAAAUAUGGAACCUAAAGAGAACGAGGAUUCCAGAAGCAGCGGGCUCAUCGCUCUAGAUCCAACCAUUCCCGGAUUCUGCACAGAUUUAGAAACAUUGGACAAUAUUAGUCCACGUACAUGCGACACCGUUCAUAUCUUUUACGUAAAAACGGGUCAAAAAUCUGCCUCCGAAAUAUUGUUAAAUGUGCUGCACGAAGAAAGUGUAUCGUCAAACUUCUUGGAAUUUUUGAGCUCUCUCGGUUGGCCCGUUUCUGUAUCUGCUCACGCAGGCUGGACGGGUCAUGUGUCCACUUCGUGGAGAGUAACUGCACAAGUGAACGUACCACAACCAGCUCAUAGCAAUCACGGCGGGGCGUUUUAUAACGGUGACACUCAUGUGCUGUACUGGGCGGAUGUGAGUUCAGAAAUUGCAUUCGUUGUGCCUACACAAUCGUAUCUUAUAGCCAGCUCGGAUUCAUUAGAGGAAACCAGUUAUAACAGCGAUACUAGUAGUAGUGGACAAGCAUGGUUUGAGCGCAGUAUCAGUGAAAGUACGGAUACUCGGAGCUGUGGCGCGUCGCAGAACACAACGUCGACUUCUAGAGCGAUGUCGCUUGAUUUAGAGAAACAGCCGUCGAGCUUGUCGGGAAUAGGUCCGACAAAUUCCUCGAGUGCGGAUCCCAUCAGACCCAGAAGAACAAUAAAACAAGCUCUACCUUUACAAACCAAUACAAAAAUUAUGGUUGUGUGGCUAGAGAGUCUAGAGGAUCAUACACAGUUCCCGAUAGGCGAUUUGCUUCCUUCCACUUAUACCGGACUGGAGCAAUCGAGGAUGCUGCAAGCUAGUGACGUGCAAGUUAUCUUCCUUCAAGCUCUCGCUAAUGGAUUGAUGAGGGUCAGAUUACAAGGACCAAUUUCUAGAAUCAAUUUGGCAACACCUUUAAUUGAUGGUAUGGUAGUGUCAAGAAGAGUCUUGGGAAUUCUAGUUAGACAAACAGCUCUUAAUAUGGGACGUAGAAAAAGACUUGAUAAUGAUAGUUAUCAUCCGCCGCACGUACGAAGACGUUUAAAAAUUCAAGAGAUGGUGCAAAAAUACAAAAGAAAUUUGACAGAACCAGAGUUAUUAACACUUUUAUUCAGCAGCACUCAGACUUAUCAAACGUAAUAGAAAUUUUUAAUGAUCUACUGUGAAAUUUAAUUCAGGAUGGCAGUAGCUCAAUAUCUUCUAAAGGUAAAAAAGAAUAAUUAAAAUUUUCAACUUGAAGAGUAAAUCAUCAUGUUAUCAUGUUUAUUUGCAUUACAUAUUUAUUUUUAGGAUAAAGUUUUUAUCUUAUCGAGAUAGCAAUAUAAUUUAAAUAAACUUAUUUUUUAUUUGCUACAUUGUUUUAACAAAUUCUUAUAGUAACAGAAAAAAGUGCACUUUCCAUUCUUCAUUUAAAAGUUUUUAUACAAUUUAAAGAAUUCUAAUAAUAAAUUUUCUCCUAUUUCUGCAGUAUAUAUACAUUACUUUGAAAAUAACUUAAUUAUUCUCAAAAUGAUAAAAACUUGAAGAUACAUCGCAAAUUUCAUUUAGCUAACAGAUAGUAUAAUUCCUUGCUAAAAAUCAUUUAUUAAAUAAUGAAGAAGGUGAUAUCACGUAAAAAAAUGUUCCAGAAAAAUAUAUUUAUUAUGUGAUUUGAAAUAUGCAUACAACGUAUACACACAGUUUUGUAUAUCUUAAAUAUUAUUUUGUUACUUGUAAAAUUAGUAUUGUAGAUAGCUAUAAAAUAAAUUAUUCAUACUUCAUAUAAUUAUAAUAGCUACUUUAAAAUAUAUAGGACACUGUAUGAAAUGUAUUAUUUAAUUAAUUUAUUAUGUAUGACAAUAUAUAUUCUACACUCGUA